AUCCUUCAUCUCACCCAGCUCGGAAGGCUCGCGCUUUUCAAAGAUGCCGCUUAGUAACCAAAUGAUCGCCGGAUCACACCAAUCUUCGCCAACGAUGCCCACUAUAAAAGUAUAGGGGGUUAUGCCACGCAGAUCUAGCGCACGUUUGGCGAAAGUAUAAUUACAACAAGCAUCCGACCAGUUUACGGAACGGCUCGAGUCGAUCUCUACUAUACGCCUUGCCUAGAAUCUGCAUCAGACUAGACUAGACUAGAGCGCUUGGCUCAAAUUUACACUAUUACGGCAGCAACACGGUACUCAACAUAGACGCUGGCCAUGGGAUCUUCCACAGAGCCUUCGGCGCUACGCAUCCUGAUUGUGGGCGCUGGUAUAGGAGGCCUAUCUGCAGGACUGGCUCUGCGGCGACAAGGCCACCAGGUCACGCUGUUUGAAAGGUCAAAAUUCUCGGCGGAGAUUGGCGCCGCCAUCCACUCUGCUCCCAACUGUAGCAGGGUGCUUCGCAGACUGGGUGUGAGUCCUGAGGAUUAUGGAGGGACGCUGAUGAAAGCUUUCUCGUUGUGCGACCAUAUCGAUGGAACUUUCAAGAGUUUAGGUGACUUUUCCGAAGAACGGGAAUGGUAUUUGAUGCAUCGUGCCCAACUGCAUUCUGCAUUGAAGGAUACAGCACUAUCCAAAGAAGGCCUAGGCAUCCCCGUCCAGUUGCAACUCGCUUGCCAAAUUGUCGGCCUUGACAUAAGUACAGCGACCGUGACGCUCAAUAACGGGCAAUCAUAUAAGGGAGAUAUGGUGAUCGGAGCGGAUGGCGUUCAUUCAUGGACAAGGACGUUCAUUGACUCGACCACGAAGCCGUUCUCAACCAACAUGGCUUGCUAUCGAUGGAUAGCGCCCAACGAAGACCUGGCGAAACAUAAAGACACCGUGGAGCUCAGCAAGAAGAGAAACCAUUGCGUCGAAUGGGUUUCUGAUGAUCGGCGAAUCAUCUACUAUCCUUGUUCUGACCACACAAUUUCGAAUUUCGGUGCAUUCGUUCCUACCGUAGCCAGCAAGAGCGGCACUAAUUCGGAUUGGAACACUCCCGGCUCGAGGGCACAUUUGCAGGAGGCUUUCAAGGACUUCGGGCCCAUGGUGCAACGGCUCAUUCAAGAUGCACCAGUUUCUGAACUCAAGCUCUGGGAACUACUGGACAUGGAAACUUUGUCGACUUGGCAUAAGGAUAGCCUGGUCUUGAUUGGAGACGCAGCUCACCCCUUCCUGCCCUUCAUGGGCCAAGGCGGUGCUAUGGCCAUCGAGGAUUCGGCAGCACUGGCAGCGCUCCUGCCACUAGGAACGGAAGCAAUCGAUAUACCUGCUAAGCUGAAGAUUUGGGAAGACUGCCGCAAGGAGCGCGUGGAGCGGAUCCGAGAUUUCACGCGACGGAACGGGCGAUCCCCAAAUGAUCCGGCAGCACCCAGGCCGAGUUAUGAGGAGACCAUGGAAGUCAUGUCUUACUGCGUCAACUACGAUGCAUGGGAGCAAGCUUCGGGGGUGCUAAACAAUUGAAGUAGACUGGCUCGACCACUAGCCACAGCAUUGCCGCUCGCCAGAGUACAUCCUUCAAAUGUGCAGCCCCACUUGCCAUCGUCGUCGACAUAAUGUAGGAAUCAGCAGCGCAAUUGUCGUUGCAUCUGGUCAUUCAGAUAUGGUUUCCAUGGUGUCUAAGAUGGUGAUGAGAUUGAGUUCUGUUAUAGUUUCGAGCAUAUAUGUUUAAAUUUUAUAUAAGGAAGAAAUUUGCCAGAUUAUGGUUCAUCUUUUGCCACCAACCAGU